AUGUAUAUUUUAGCGGAUUCAUGUAGAAAAUGUAAUUUAUAUGAAGAUUCAGUUCAAUUUGGUAAUCAAUCAUUACAUAUUAGAGAGAUAUUAUAUGGUGGAGAUAGUAAUGAAGUUUGUAUAUGUUUAGAUUUAUUGGGAUUAUCAAUGUUGGAGAAUAAUCAAUAUGAUAAAUCAUCAAAAGUAUUUAUAAAAUCAUUCAAGGGUAAAGCAGAGGGUGGUUAUACAACAUUCUAUCAAUUGGUAUUAGACAUUCAUAAAUAUAUUCAACAAACUAAUGAACAACAAAAACUUCAAAAACAACAACAAUUUCAAUUACAUCAACAACAAUAUAUUAAACCAACUGCUAAAACAUUAUUACCAACAACCCCAUCACAAAAUCAACCACAACCAAUUUCACCAUCAUUAUCAUCAUCAUCAUUAUCAUCAUCAUCGUCAUCGGCAUCCUCUUCUUCGUUAUCAAAUAUUAGUAGUGGUGUUAAUACUACUAAUACUAAUAAUACAACAGCAACCACAACAACAACAUUUAAUAAUGGUAAUAUUGGUAUAUCACCAUCAAGAGCACAUUUACCAUUACAAUCAAGAGUAUCAUCAUCCUCAUCACAAUGUAUAAUACAAACACCAACUGAUAUUUUAAUUAAUACAUUGAAUCAAUGUAAUGUAUGUUUAACAACUUUAUACUAUGAAUCAUUAAAAGAUACAAGUAAUCAAUCACAAGAAAGAACAACUGAAAUUAGAAAAGCUUUAAUCUCAAUUUCAUUAGAACAAUCAAAAUUACAACAAACUGAAAAGAAAUAUUUAAAUGCAAUCCAAACUUAUCAAGAAAUUUUAACAAUUUUAAAUAAUUCAGGUUUAAAAGAAGAAAAAUUAAUUUAUGAAGCAUUAAUUAAUACAUUUGUAAAGAUUGAUAAAUAUGAACAAGUAAAGAAUACAAUUGAAUUAUUUAUACAGAUGGGUAUUAAAAGUUAUAAAGUACCAUCAAUUGAUAUUGCAUCAGUUUUAUGGUUUUGUGGUAAAGUUUUGGAGGAACAAUCAGAUAGAACAUCAUCAACUAAACUUUGUGAUUUAGUGGAUUCAUUACGUUAUUAUUUAUGUACAUUUAAAAUUAGUAGAGAGAUUGGUGGUGUAACAAUUGGUGAAGAGUCAACAGCAAUCGCACAAAAAAAGAUUAGGGAAAAGAUUGAAACGAUUCUAUACAAUAAUCGUCCACUGAAACCAGAAGAAGUUUUAAUUUUAGUGGAUGGUAUGAUUAGAUCGACAACAACCGAAUUCCUAUUAAAUGGUUCAAAAAGUCAGAAUUGGUUAUUGAAAUAUGUUUAUCCAGAUUUCAUGGCUGAGGAUGCUUUGAGAGAGAAGUUCGAUACGUUACCCUCCAAAUCGGGUUUCCUCUUCAAAAUGAAUGGGUUAAUGAAAAGUUGGAAAACUCGUUGGUUCUCUUUGGAACGUGAUGUUUUAUUCUAUUAUAAAUAUAAUAACGAUCCAAAACCUCAAGGUGAAUUAAUCAUUUUAGAAAUUAAAUCAAUUGAAAUCCUUCCAAAAGAUAAAAAAUUCAAACCCUAUAUUCAUUGCUUUCAAUUGGUUCAUCCAAAACAUACUUUACUUUUAGCCGCUGAAUCUGAAGAUUCAAUGAAAGAAUGGGUUGCUAUUUUAACAAAAGCAAAACAAUAUUGGGAAGAUUGGUCAAAUAUUUCUUUAAAUCUUUAG